AAGGCUUAACUUGUUAGUUAUUCACACUCCUCACUUGGAGGUACUGUACGAGUGGUCGGAGGAACUGAAAUUGAAAGAAGAAUGGGUGAAGUUAAAAUAACAAGGGAUUUUUUCUUGUGGUGCAUGUCUGUUAUUUACUUGUGUGCCUUCUCGUCCCUUUACCACCAAAUCCCAGGGUUGUAUGGAGAAAAUGGAAUUUUACCAGUCAGCUCUGUUAUUGCCCUAGAAUCCGGUACAGCUCAAGUAGAGAAGAAAGCAAAAGAACUUCCAUCAUUACUUUGGCUUGCUCCAGCAUUUGGACUUGAUGUGCCAACUUUCAUGGAGUUAUUAAGCAUAGUAGGCAUGUCAGUUUCCUUUGGAGGAAUGAUAUGGGUUCGACUUAGAGACUGUGCUAAUUUCGGAUUACUAUGGAUACUGUAUUUCUCAUUAUACCAGGGUGGACAGACCUUUUUGUGGUUUCAGUGGGAUAUUCUACUGUUAGAAGCAGGAUUUUUAACUGUCAUCGUUGCACCACUGGGACUCUUGCAGUGGUCAAAGUCAAACGCAGCAUUUUCUGGCUUGCCGCACCGGCCCCAUGACACAGUAACUUUUUGGUUGUUACGGUGGCUUUUGUUUCGGUUAAUGUUUGCCUCUGGUGUAGUAAAGCUCACCAGUUUAUGUCCGACAUGGUGGGGACUCACAGCUCUAACUGUUCACUUUGAAAGUCAGUGCAUCCCAACAGCUCUUGCCUGGUUUUGUCAUCACCUUCCAACAUGGUUAUUAAAACUUGCAGUGGCUGUUACACUUGUGAUUGAAAUUGGUGUGCCUUUUUUAUUCUUUAUCCCUCUUCGUUCAGCAAAAAUCUUCAGCUUUUAUUCUCAGGUGUUGCUUCAGUUGUGCAUCAUUUUGUCUGGAAACUACAACUUCUUCAAUCUGUUGACCCUUGUUUUGUGCUUUUCUCUUGUGGAUGAUGAAUUUCUGCUGAACCUUGUGGGAAAACCUUCCCUUAAUAAAGUUACCAGCAACAGUGGAAGAUCACUUCAGUUUACCAGGAUGUUACUGACACUUUGUGCAGAGCUGAUAAUAUUUGGUGGUCUGAUAUACUGGUCAGCAAAACUAUUUUCUAUACAGCUUUUACCAGAUUGGACCAUUAUUUCCAAAAUAGCUUUUACUGCUGAAGAUUUUCAAUCGGCUCUGAACAAGACAAUGCCUGUUACCAUUUGUUUGGGAGCCCUUUCACUUGUUGCAAAUAUUCUAGCAGCAAUGUACAGAUGUUUAACAUCUAGUGGACAUUUUAGGAAAGUGUUUUAUAUGGUUGGAGUAAUAUUUUGGAGUGGCGUAUCACUUUGGUUAUUUGCUGUCAGCCUGGUACCUCAUACAGUGGUAGAUAGGCAAAGUUAUCAAACAUUGUGGCCCAUUAUUCAUCGUUGGAAUUCUAAAGUUGACAAAUUUCAGAUUGCAAAUUCUUAUGGUCUAUUCAGAAGAAUGACUGGUGUUGGUGGUAGACCAGAAGUUUUGAUUGAAGGAAGUAACUCUAAGACAUCAGGAUGGAAAGAAUAUCAUUUCUUAUAUAAGCCAGGAGAUAUGUCUAUCAGACCACCGUUUAUCAUACCACAUCAGCCAAGAUUAGACUGGCAAUUGUGGUUUGCUGCAUUAGGAAGCUACAACCAGAAUCCUUGGUUUCUUAGUCUUGUAUACAGGCUUCUACAAGGACAACCUGAGGUUUUAAACCUUCUGCACAAGGAGAGAAAUCCAUUUCCUACUCAACCACCAAAAUACAUAAGAGCAGUUCUAUACAAAUACUUCUAUACUCCUUGGGAAGUAUCAAAAAGGAGAACCAAUGUAAAUAACUGGUGGACCAGGAAGAAAGUUGGUGAAUACCUUUCACCAGUUAGCUUGGGAAAGGCUUUAGUGGAUACGCUGAAGUCUGUCAACAUUCCUGUGGAAAAGACUCGAUCAGUCAAGAUCACCAACAAAUCUUUGGUUAAUGUACUUUGGCAUUUGAGAGAAAUAGCUCAAAAAGUCCAUGGACACACAUUUGUUUGGUCAGUCAUUGGUGCUGGACUGGUCAUCAACAGUUUUUCUGCCCUUCUUGCCAUAUAACUUUGCUACAGGUCCUCAGAAUUUCAAACUUAGAUAUAAAUACUGUAGUUUUAAUUUACUUACUGUUACACUGCCGUGGAUUAAGAACACAUUGCAUGAAAGAAGCAAUCCCAUUCUCAAAUAAAUAAAGCAAAGCUUUAAUGAAAUUGUUAUUAAUAUUAAAUAUGGCCUGUUCACCAGAUUUCAUCAAUACUAAAAUUUUGUUUCUAUGUAUUUUAUCAAUGAUUCUCAUGUGAGUUUAAAGUUUUGGUAAGCUUGUUUCUGUCAUCUUGUCAAAGCCUUACACAAAAUUUACUUUCAUUUGGUUUGGUAAAAAAAAAAAACUUACUAAUUACUUUUAUACUCUGAAUGGCUUGUUUGUUAUUUGGCUUGUUUUUACUUUAUCUUGUGUUUUGAAUAAGGAAAAAUAAAAGAUCAUGGAGAUGAA